AAAUUAAUUGUUAUUUUUUUUGAGAGGGAGUUGGAAAAUUAAUUAAUACAGAAGUUUCGCGCAGUCUCAUUUUCGUCGCCUACACAGCUACACUUAACACUCUGUAGAUUCGAGUCAUUUCCCACUUCUCCAUUGUUAUGAUAUUGAGCUUUCACAAACCAUUUCAAAUUGGUAUAAAGCGAGAUAAAUAGAAUAAGUGAACAACACAGCAUAAACCGCCCAACUUCUACCCCCCUCUUUUCUUUUGAUUCUUUUUCCCCCUUUUUUUUCCAAUUAAUAUUGAAUUUUCACCAUUUUAUUCAAAUAGUUCUUUCCUUGACAAAAUCUCUAUAUAUAUCUCCCUCUUCUUCCCCAUUUUCCAUCCGUCUUCUCUGCAACACACCCUCUCUCUCUCUCUCUGUGUAAACUUAUUACAGUCUCUGUUUUCCCCUGUUUUCCCACUCUCCAAUGGCGCCACCGAACGAUCCCGCCAGCGCAAUCUACACCGUUACGAAACCGACCAAAAACGACACCGUCUUCGACCUCUCCGGCGGGAAGCUCUCCGUGCAGAAUGUGCCGCUGCUGUCGGAUAUUCCGGGCAACGUCACCUUCCGUAGCUUCUCCUCCGUGGUGAAAUCCUCCUCCGCGCCGCCGGCGCUCUUCGACCGCGCGCUCUCCCUCUCCCACAGGGGCGGGUUCCUCGGCUUCAGCCAGCGCGCGGCGUCGGACCGCCUCACCACCUCCAUCGGAAAAUUCACCGGGCGCGACUUCGUGAGCAUCUUCCGGUUCAAGACGUGGUGGUCCACCCAGUGGGUGGGCACCUCGGGGUCCGACAUCCAGAUGGAGACUCAGUGGAUCAUGCUCGACGUGCCGGAGAUCAAAUCGUACGCCGUCGUGAUCCCCAUCGUCGACGGCAGCUUCCGCUCCGCCCUGCAGCCGGGGGCCGACGGCCACGCGCUGCUCUGCGCCGAGAGCGGCUCCUCCUCCGUGAGGACAGCCGCGCUGGGGGCCGCCGCCUACGUGCACGUCUCCGACAACCCCUACACGCUGAUGCGGGACGCCUACACCGCCGUGCGCUGCCACCUCGGCACGUUCCGGCUGAUCGAGGAGAAGGCGCCCCCGCCGCUCGUCAACAAGUUCGGGUGGUGCACGUGGGACGCCUUCUACCUCACGGUGGAGCCCGCCGGGAUCUGGCACGGCGUCAAGGAGUUCGCCGAGGGGGGCCUCUCCCCGCGCUUCCUCAUCAUCGACGACGGCUGGCAGAGCAUCAACGUCGACGGCCAGGACCCCCACGAGGACGCCAAGAACCUCGUCCUCGGCGGCACGCAGAUGACGGCGCGCCUCCACCGCUUCGAGGAGUGCGAGAAGUUCCAGAAGUAUCAAGGAGGAUCCAUGGUGGGGGCCAAAGCCCCCCCAUUCAACCCCAAGAAGCCCAAGAUGUUGAUCAAUAAGGCCAUCGAGCUCGAGAUGGCUGAAAAGGCCCGAGACAAAGCCGUGCUCGCCGGCGUCACCAAUUUGACUGAAUACGAAAUUCAAAUUGAGAAACUGAGCAAGGAACUCGAAGCCAUGUUCGGUGGGGGCGGCGGCGACGACAAGGGGUCGGGCAAGAGCUGCUCCGGCUGCUCUUGCAAGACCGAGAACACCGGUAUGAAAGCAUUCACCAAGGAUUUGAGAAGUAAUUUCAAGGGAUUGGAUGAUAUCUACGUUUGGCAUGCAUUGGCCGGUGCAUGGGGUGGGGUUAGGCCCGGGGCGACUCACCUCAAAGCUAAGAUCGUGCCUUGCAAGCUCUCGCCGGGCCUCGACGGCACCAUGACGGAUCUCGCCGUCGUCAAGAUCGUCGAGGGCUCCAUCGGCCUCGUCGACCCCGAUCAAGCUGACGACUUUUAUGACUCUAUGCACUCUUAUCUUGCUAAAGUCGGGAUCACCGGAGUCAAAGUUGAUGUUAUUCAUACACUUGAAUAUGUUAGUGAGGACUAUGGGGGCAGAGUUGAUCUCGCGAAGGCUUAUUACAAGGGCUUGUCCAAAUCUCUAAAGAAGAAUUUCAAUGGAACUGGUCUCAUCUCCAGCAUGCAGCAGUGUAAUGACUUCUUCUUCCUCGGAACCGAGCAGAUCUCAAUGGGAAGAGUCGGGGAUGACUUUUGGUUCCAAGAUCCAAACGGCGAUCCGAUGGGAGUUUACUGGCUGCAAGGGGUCCACAUGAUCCACUGCGCCUACAACAGUAUGUGGAUGGGACAAUUCAUCCAACCAGAUUGGGACAUGUUUCAAUCCGACCAUUGUUGCGCCAAAUUCCACGCCGGAUCACGAGCUAUUUGCGGCGGCCCAGUUUACGUGAGUGACUCUUUAGGAGGCCACGACUUCGAUCUUCUCAAGAAGCUUGUCUUCCCAGAUGGUACAAUCCCCAAAUGCGUGCAUUUCGCUCUCCCCACGAGAGAUUGCCUCUUCAACAAUCCCCUCUUCGACAGCAAGUCCAUCCUCAAGAUUUGGAACUUCAACAAAUACGGCGGCGUGAUCGGCGCCUUCAACUGCCAGGGCGCCGGCUGGGACCCCAAGGAGCAGAGGAUCAAGGGCUACUCCCAAUGCUACAAGCCGCUAACCGGCUCCGUCCACGUGUCCAACCUCGAGUGGGAUCAGAAGGCCGAAGCUGCUAGCCUCGGGGAGGCGGAGGAGUACGCUGUUUACCUCACCGAGGCUGAGAGGAUCGUCUUGACCACUCCGGAGUCCGAGCCUAUCUCGGUCACGCUGCAGCCCUCCACCUUCGAAAUAUUUAGCUUCGUCCCCAUCAAGAAGAUUGGUGAGGGUGCGAAGUUCGCACCCAUUGGCCUCACCAACUUGUUUAACAGUGGUGGGACCAUCCAAGGGCUCGUCUACGACGAGGCCGUGGCGAAGGUUGAGGUUAAGGGGGAAGGUACGUUCUUGGCGUAUUCUAGCGUUGCCCCUAAGAAAACGUAUGUCAAUGGCGCCGAGGCUGUGUUCCAGUGGUCAGGAAAUGGGAAGGUGCAAGUUAGCAUUCCUUGGUAUGAGGAGUGUGGAGGAAUUUCUAACCUCACUUUUGUUUACUGAUCUCGAAUUCUACUUAUUUGGGCUAAGAUUGAUGAUGAUGAUGCAUAUGGUAAGAAAUUACUAUGAUUUUUAAGUUUUUUUUUUCUUUAUUGUGUUGUGUUGAUUUUGGUUUUGUUUUAUAUAAAUAUAAAUAAUAUCCCGUUUAAGAGGCCAAGAGUUGCCUAUGGAAGGGAUGCCCGCUUCAA